AGCUCCUUCUUCCGGAUCGCAGAUGGCAUGUGCGUGCUGGCAAGCAGAAUCGUGGCGGCCCAGCAGCUUGAGGAGGUCGUGGCGGCCCAAAAGCUUGAGGAGCUCCGGCGGCCACUGCAUCUGGCUCUUCUGGCGCGCCAUCUCCAGCAAUGCGUCUACCAGCCACUGCAAUGCUGGCGCCAAGCGUACCGGCGGGGCAGUCAGCGGCGCCAGAGUCACUGAGAGAUCGCCUUGCGUGGCCAUAUGCCACAGGAUCUCGCCGACUGUCCGCAGCAUCGCCAGCGAGUCACGUGCGCCAGCGACUGGCUGCGCAUCGGAAACAGAGAUCGCGUCUAGGUCUGGAUACCGCUCCAUGGUCGGACUGCCAUUCAGCAAUUGCACUGCCCAGGAUGCGAACCCUGGCACAGCCAGAUGCCCGGUAUUCCGCAUGCCCAGGUGCACUAGCCCACGCUCGAGUCUUUGCAGUCGCUGGACGCGGCUCAAAUGCAUGCAGUCGCCAUGUCCUCGUAGACCAGCCACAUAACAGCAGAAACAGCAGGCACAUGCAGCUCGUCAUCAGCAAGCACCUGCAGCAGGCCAGUCCAGCUCGUCAUCGGCAGUCCCGGCCUCCUGCAGGACAGAAAGCAUCGCAUGCCGCAGUUUCGCGUAGACUGGACGCGCAAGCGCAAACGACAAGCGCGUCAAUGAUGGAGCGCGACAGGCGCGUCAUGGAAAUGGACACUGGCGAGUGCUGCUUCCUUUCCAUCCGCCAUCUGCACCACCACCACCGGGCCUUCAGCACGCACAAUCCGCGCAAUCCCCGCUCCUGCCCGGCACUACCAAUGGCUCCGGUCCACCGCACAUAAGCAUGAGCCGGCCAUCGCUGACCACGGCCAGAUCGUCCAUACCGGGCCUGGUCGCCUCGACCGCCGCCAUGGAUGUGGCCGGCACACGGAACACCUGGCUGAACCUCCUCGUGUCCAGCCCGACUGCCAGCCCGCGGCUCAUCACGCACACGAUAUCGCUGCCGUCCAGCGCCUGCACAACGCACAUCUGCGCGUCAUCCGAGCCGCGCCAGCGCCAACACAA